GAGGGGCUCCUGAGGCUCCGGGAAUCUGCAUCCCCUAGGAACAGCCGGGGCCCCGGGGGAGCGGGUGGCAGGGUCCCCCCGUCCCGUGCAGGAGGGGAGCGGGGGGUCAGGGACUGGAACACGCCCAGGUAAAUCCUCUCCCACCUGGGCAGGGUAAAUAAAUCGAGGCUCGGAUUACCCGGCACCGGCGGCACGUCCGAGGCGCUGACAAGUGCUGGCGACUUCGGCGCUCGUCACUGCCCGGGGACUUCGCCCGGCAGUCCCACCGCGGCGGGGCACGGGACCCCCACCCUGACGGGGCCCUGCUGGUGGCAUCCAGGUCACCCAGCGGCGGGGACACCCUGGCCACCCUGCCCGAGGUCGCCCAGGGCAGUGGCGGGCUCCAGAGGCGGUUUGGCCUCUCCGAGCACGGGUGGAUCCCGGUUUGGGGGGAUCCCAGCGGACUGAGGCUUGCAGCGCCCCGCUCUCAGCACGGAACGCGGGGCGACCCAGCUGCCGGCGGCUCAAGGGUCCCCUUGUUCCGCGUCCAGGGACUUCCUGGCUGGAGUCUCCGGCAGCUGCGUCGUCUCUCCCCAGGGCUCCUCGGCACUGCGCCCACUUCUCAGACGGGGAAACUGAGGCAGGCCGUGGGGCCGGGAACGGGAGGAAGGAGGGAGGGCAUGCCGAGAGCAGGUUUCCUUGCGGGAGCCCCGCUGAGUCAGCCGGGCCGGGGUGGGGCCUUGCUCCCGUAGCGCCCGGACCAGGAUAACGGAGGAAAAAGCGUCUUGCACGUUUGAUUAAACACGACAGGUCGCCACCGGGCCGGUUGCGAAAUGUGGGAAUGCUGCGGGGCCCCUCGCCGGGAAGGGAGGCGGGGGAGCGCCUGCCGGGGGGCAGGUGAGGGGGACGGCAGCGGGAUGGGAGCUGCGGCACGGCCGGGACGGCAGAGCGGGGGGUCUGGGGAUUCCAGCUGAUCUGGGCGCACACCCCGGCGGGUGAGUCCCUGCUCCAGCUGGACACCCUCCCUCUGGGUGCCUGGAACUGGGAUCAUCCUGGGUGGAUGCAUCAGCGACAACGUGAUGGGCCAGCAUCGCCUCGUCCCGGUCCCCACCGUGACAGCGGCCUCUCUCCCCACACAGGCGUCGUGCCCUUCGUGGCCCUGCUCCUGCUGCAGCGGCGGCCCGUGGCCGGCCGGGCGCUGCUGGUCACCGGCUCCGGCUGCCCCAGCCACGGCUUGUGCCGCUCCAACGUGCAGGAGCAGACCCGCAGGCAGGUGGCCGUGCUCAACGCCACCGCCCAGGAACUCUUCAGCCUCUACCUGAAGUGCCAGGGAGAGCCGUUCAGCAGCGAGAGCGACAAGCUCUGCAACCCCGCCGGAAUCUUCUUCCCCGCUUUCCGCGUGAACCGGACGAGCGAGAGGAAGGAGGUGAUGGUGGCCAUGUACAAGCUCUUCGCCUUCCUCAACGCCUCGCUGGGCAACAUCACGCGCGACCAGGAGGAGCUGAACCCCAUGGCCAAAGAGCUCCUUGAGCGGCUCCACAACACCACCAAGACCACCCGAGGCCUCAUCUCCAACCUCACCUGCCUCCUCUGUAAGAACUACAACAUCUUCCAGGUGGACGUCAGGUACGGGGACAGCUCCAAGGGCAAGAGCGCCUUCAAGAAGAAGCAGCAGGGCUGCCAGGUGCUCAGGAAGUACGUGCAGGUCAUCGGCCAGGCAGCACGUGUCCUCCUACCUCAUCUCAGCCCCUCAUGAGCGCCCGCCCCGGCUACGCUGCCUCUCUGCUGCUGGGCGGCCCCCACCGCUGCCUCCCGCAUUCCCGCCUCCCUAUUUAUUACCCAGACCCUUCGUCGGCCCCAUCCGCCCUCCGGUAAUUUAUUACCCCUUGAGGGGGUGAACGUUGCAGCCCGGAGUGUCCCGGGCAGAGCAGAGCCGGCAUCCAGCAGGACGAGGCAGCGCAUCUCCGAGGAGCACGGGCUGGUCCCAGGAUGUGCCUCAGCCAUCCCCGGGCUCCCGUGGGCUGUGGGGGUGGCGGCAGGGCCGGACUCUGUCCCCCACAGACGGUGUCAUUAUGGAGAGCACCCGGACAGAUGCCCUUGAGCACCGCCUGAAAGCUGUCGCUUCCCUGGAGAAAAGAUUGUGAGGAAGGCCACUGGGAUGCAGGGACUUGGACAAGUGGGGACAUGGGGACACGCUCCCCCUGCACAUUUUAAGGCUGGGUUCCCCUGCAAGGAGUCAAACUGAAGGUACUGAGCCGCAAACUGGUGGCUGUGCUAGCUAGGGCUGGGUCCCACUGUCUGGGACAAGGCCACCUGUGUGGGACAGUCACCCCACUGUGGAGCAUCAUCCCCCCGCGCGGGCACGGCGGGGCACGGUCCUCUCCUUUGGAAAAGUGCUUUUCCCUUCGGAAGAGCUCUGAAUGUACUAAUGACCAAGAGCUGGGCUUUACACGGCUGAAUGCAGCCCUGGUGGGGACAUGGGACAAGGGGACACGGGGACAUGGGACAUGGGUACAUGGGAUACGGGGACACAAGGACAUAGGGAUGUGGGAUAUGGGGACGUGGGGACAGAGGGACGGGCCCCAGGUCGGUGGCAGGUGGCGCUGGCGCGUUCCUGACACCAGAGCGGGCUGUGAGGGUUAUUUAUUGCCUUCGUGGAAAGCCCAGAGUGCACUGAGAACUGACUUUUAACUAUUUUAUUGCCAAUAAUUGCUAAUAAUUAAUAAUAAGAUUUGUGGUAAUAUAUUCCUGGAAUUCUAUUUAAAUAUUUAUUUUUUUAUAUUUCUUGCUCU